UGUAAACGCGAUCUAGCAACCAUUCUCCUUAUAUCUAUCAGCAUUUCUUGUAUCUCAUUAAGCAAACAACAUUAACGCUGCUAUUGAAGGCAUCGAAUGGAGUUGCCGAGGUCGGAUCACGGCGGUGAAUUGUGCCACUUCAUCUCACCAUCUCUCCAUCUCUCUUCCUUCUUCCUCACUCACUCAGUCUCUCUCUCUUUCUCAACUCACAUUAAUCCAUCAAAUGCCGCUCUAAUCCACCCACCAUGUCUGCAGACCCAGAAAUCCCUCCAGUCGCCCGCGACGCCCUCCGUCUGUGCCUCACCGGCCGGGAGUACAAGAUCCUGCACGACCACGUCGUCAAACGCGCGUCUGCAGCAGUUCUAAUUCGAUCAAUCUUCAAUUUCUCCUCGAGCGGGAGGUCGAAGAAGCGUUAGACGCAGCUCAUCGUACGGCGCUGCAGCUCCCGGGAGAUGCGGUGGCCGGUGAUUUGGAAGAAGCCAUUUUUCAAGCAACACUCCCGGACAAUUUGUACUAGCUUGGUUUUCGCUUGACAGUCGCUACCGUAGAAGACAGAGAAGUCAAGAAUUGGGGGCUCUUGUGGGUGGGCCAUAGUGAUGGGAGUAAGAAAUGAUGAGCAUAUACAGCAGGUAGGCGGAGG